CUGCCCUCGUCUUCCGCCGGCUGCAUGACCCCUCGACUGCUCAGUCUACCUGGAUUCCUUAGGUCGAAUUCAUCAUGUGACGUGGAUACUGUGCGCGCGAGUUUCGGUUGUGUGUAUAAUAUUAUACCGCGAUUGUGUAUAUUAUCAUGUUUUUGUCAUGUGUGUUCGGUGAUACGGGUUCGUCGUAGGCAGUAUAGCUGUGCUGUGUAACCGUCAAAUGGCGUACGGCCAGUGGGUGUUCUUGGUGCUUUUGGCAUGUUUCGGUCGAUUACAAUGUGCACUGAACAACCGGCCGCCGCAGUUUCUUCCUGGAGGAGACAUGGCUCGGUUUUCCAUAGCCGAAGACACGGCGGUCAACAAAUCCGUGUACAAACUGUUAGCCGUCGAUCCCGACGGUUCCAAAGUCACGUACACCAUAAGCGGUCAACACUUUAGCGUGGACCGAUCGACAGGCGUUGUAACGUUGAUCAAGGCUCUGGACCGAGAGCUGUUCGAUUCCAUCGAGGUGGUCAUCAGCGUGACAGACGAACCAAUCGGAGACACUGAUAUCAACACGGUUUCGCUGAGGAGGGAAAUCGCAGUGGUCGACGUCAACGACCACCCUCCGGAGUUCCAAGGAAGGCCUUAUUCGUUUAGCGUGCCCGAAAACGCGCCGGUCGGGAGCAUCAUAUUCAAUAACAUAACCGUCAUAGACAAAGACAUAGGAAUCAACGGGGAAAUCACGCUGGAAUGCAUUCAAAACAGCGCACCCUGCUCCACGUUCAACCUCCUCACAGAGAAAAUAGCUUCUGGCACGUAUUCGGGUUUGAUACGGUUAGCCCGUCCCCUGGACUACGAUAGCGUGUCCUCUUACAUGCUGACCGUCAAAGCUUCCGACAACAACCAGAGGCACACGCUCACGUCCACCGCCAACAUCUCGGUCGUCGUCAAAGACGUCCAAGACGAGCCUCCGGUUUUCUUGAACUCGCCUUAUUCCAUCGUAAUAGACGAAAACACUCCGGCCGACGUUCAAGUGUUGGCCGUUAACGCCGAAGACGGUGAUGCCGGUCACAAAAGGCAAGUGGUUCUGAGCAUCGAGGACGACUCUCUUGGAUAUUUCAACAUCGAAAACCGACCCAACGGAUCUGCUUACAUUUACACCAGUGAAAAUCCAAUCGACAGAGAAAACAAAAUAGUUUCUGACGCAGGGGGCAUCUACACGUUUAGGCUGAAGGCCACAGAACUGAUAAACAACGAGCUGCCGGGAGAGAUGAGCUACGAAAUAGUCACCGUCGUUGUGCAAGACGUCGACGACGAAUUACCCGAAUUCAACGAUCACAGUUUCUCCACUUCGGUAUCGGAAGACACAAAUGUCGGUACGCCUUUACCCGGUUUGAACAUCGUCGUUAACGAUCCAGAUCUGGGAGAUAACGGCAGAUACGUUCUGGUGAUGAAGUCCAGCGAUCCCAGGGCGUCAAACUGGUUUAAAGUAAUUCCAGAAGCGGCCGUGGGAAGGACGAACGUGUUGAUACGUUUAGUCGACAACGACGGGUUCGAUUAUGAGGCAGGCGUUACGAAUGUCGAAUUCGAAAUAGUCGCCAUGUACCAAGACAAAAUGAGCGGAGGUUUCAAGGAGGCUUCGUCGGCGUACGUGAUGAUUGAAGUCUUAGACGCCAACGACAAUUUGCCCAAGUUCGAUCAACUGACCUACGCCUUCUCGGUGCCGGAAAAUACUCAGCCCGGCACCAAAGUGGCCAACCUGACUGCGACAGACAUUGAUAGCGGAAUUAACUCGGAUAUAGCUUAUAGUCUCCAAGGAUUUGGAGUGGACAAGUUCGGCAGCGAUUCUGAACUCGGUGGCAUAUAUCUUACCAACAAAAUCGAUUACGAACAACAAAGCUCUUAUUCGUUGACUCUGGAAGCGAAAGAUGGCGGCAACCGAUCCACUCACGUAGUGAUACUGAUCGAAGUCGUCGACGUCAACGAUAACGCUCCAGUGUUUAACGCUCUGGAAUACAGGAGAACGAUAAGAGAGGGGGCCACAGAGUUCCAGCCAAAACUAUUUGUCCAGGCAUCGGAUUCCGACAGCGGCAUCAACUCGAUGAUUCGCUAUUCGAUGGCCGGCUCCAACUACGACGGUAUCCUGAUGGUGAACCCCAGCACGGGCGAGCUGACGUUGAACUCUUCGGUGAGUUUGAGCCACACUUCCAGGGGUCAGUACGAGGCAACCGUUAGGGCCACCGACAUGGGAGUCCCGGCACUGCACGCCGACGUCCAAGUGCACGUCAGGGUGGGCGUGCCCGGCAAUCAGCGGCCGGUUUUCGGUAACACCGCCUACUCGGUCGCGGUGCCGGAAAACACGCCGAGGUCGUCCCAAGUGCUGAGGGUUCGGGCUACCGACCCGGACGGGCCCGACGACUUGAUCAAGUACAGCAUGGUCAACAACAACGAUAACUUCCACGUCGACGACCGUUCCGGCGUUAUAUCCGUGUCGGACCGAGCCAUACUCGACCUGGACGUGACCGGCGUACAGUCCUAUCAUCUGGUCGUCAUAGCCAUGGACAGUGGAUCGCCAAUCAGAGAAGUGGCACACGCCGACGUCUACGUCAACGUGACCGACGUCAACGACAAACCGCCCAAGUUUGACGGCGAUGCAAGUUACAUAGUGUACGUGCCGGAGACUACCGAAAAAAAUCUAGUGGUGUUCAAAGUCAACGCCGUCGAUCCGGAUAAGAACGCUUCGGUUAAGUACGCCAUCGUCGAACCGAUCAAAGCCAGCGACAAGACCGGACUACCGUUGAAAAACUCGAGCCUGUACAACGUCAAAGACCUCUUUAGCAUAAAUCGAAAUACCGGCGAAAUCAAAGUCAACAAUACGCUAAGCUAUCAAACGGCAUCGGUGAUCGUGUUGACCGUAAGAGCCGUGGACGAAAACGCCGUGGAAAACGUUCAGCAGCAAUUCGACACGGUGGAAAUCACAAUAUUCGUGAAGCCAUAUGAUAACAAGAAUCCGGUAUUCACAAACGCCGGUUGGUCGGCCGAGAACUCAUCAGUGUUGGUCAUCAAAAUCGACGAGGAAACUCCAAUCGGCACGCCAUUGUUACAACUCAAAGCCGUCGACGUUUCAACGAACAAUUCUCUGUACGACUUCAAGCCGACCACGGCCAUUCCAAUGCAAAUCACUAUGGACUACACGGGAAAAAUCACGUUGAUAGAGCGACUCGACUACGAAACGAUCGAGGACAAAGUACUUACGUUUCAAGUGAAAGUAACAACAGAAGAUGGAGAGCGAUCGACCACCAAAACAAUUGUCAUCGAAAUUCAAGACAUAAACGAUAACGCUCCGGAAUUCGAGUAUCCAGUGUACCGCGCUUCAAUAGUGGAAUCCAGCCCUAAGGGAACCGUAGUGUUGUCGGUCAGAGCAAACGACGAGGAUUUGCCCACUUCGCAGUACGGUCAAGUCAGAUACCGCCUGGGCGGGGAAAACGCCAAUUUGUUCACCGUGGAUCCUUUGACCGGCGAAAUAAAGAUCUCUGGAAACGGCGUGGUCGACCGAGAGAAAACCGCCACGCUGAAAUUAACUCUGUUCGCGUCGGAUAUGCCACAGGGUGGUAACGACCAAAAGGUUUCUUCGGUUCCGGUGGAAAUCCACGUGAAAGACAUCAACGACAACGCUCCGGAAUUCGAUUCGACCACUUACAUUGCCGUCGUUUUGGAAAAUGUAAUUCCCGAGACGAGCGUUCUCAACGUGUCGGCACGGGACCCCGACGAUGGACCCGGCGGGCUGAUCAAUUACAAACUGGUCGACGAACAGCAGCUUCGGGGUUAUCUCUACAUAAACAGCGUCAACGGACAGAUCAGAACUUCCAAACGGUUGACCGGCAAAGGUCGUCCCGAUCCGUACGAACUGAAGAUCCGGGCAGAAGACAACGGCGAACCGGCAAUGUCCACCGACGUCAAACUCAGCCUCUACAUAAGCGACAUAAUCGAAAACGACGGAGUUCCUUCGUUCGUGCAUCCGAACGCCGACGAGAUCGCGUACAUUUCCGAGAAUGCUUCCGUUGGGUCGUUGGUGUUUAGAGCGUUAGCUACGGAUCCAGACGACCCGGCCACGUUGGAAGGAACCAUACACUAUAGCUUCCUGGAAGCAACUAAGGAUUCUUCGGCGUUCGCCAUCAAUCCGGAAACUGGUUUGAUCACUACUAAAGCCGUAUUGGACCGGGAAACCCAAGACAAAUACACCCUAGUGCUGGUGGCACGAGACAUGGGAGACGUACCACAGCACAGCACGAGAAUAUUUAACGUCAUCGUUACGGACGUCGACGACAAUAAGCCUGCGUUCAACAGAUCUGUGGAAGAGAAACCUCUGGUGAUGGAAACCGAAGAAGAAUCCGCUGUCGGUACACUUGUCGGACACGUAAAAGCGUUUGACCCAGACAUCGGAGACAAUGCCAUCAUUGACUACAUUAUAAUAGACGGAAACGAAGGCGACGCUUUUUAUCUGAACAUUUCCGACAACGUCGCCGAAAUACGAAUCAACGGUGAAGUGGACAGAGAAGUCGUUUCGGAGUACUUGCUGACGGUGAAAUGUUUUAAGCGGAAAAACAAAGCAUACGCUUUGGACAAGCCGUACAACAAACAAGACGCCAGCGAAAGACAAGUGCUCGUAAGGAUCGUCGACGUCGACGACAACUUGCCUAAAUUCGUUCAAGAAAACAUAACAAUAGGUGUCCGGAUGAGCGUUCCGUUGGACACUCUCGUGGCGACGAUUCGGGCGACGGACGUCGACAGUUCGGCUGAACAAAUCACGUAUCACAUUACAAAUCUGUCAUUCAGUCGUCACACCGAGGGCAGCACCACGGACGUGAGCACUUGGCCGUUCUUUUUGGACCAGUCGUCCGGCGAUAUCAGAACCACCACUUCGAUGACGCCGUUCGUCGACGGUCGUUUCACCAUCGCGGUGGCCGCCAUCAACAGCGACGUGCCCGGCAGACAUUCCAAUUCGACCAUUAGGGUGUACGUCGUCAAGGACCGCGGUCUCCUGAAAUUCGUGUUCUCCAGACCUCCCAACGUGGUCGGACAUCACAUACAAAAGUUCAAGGACGACGUCGAGAAAGCUCUGGGUUCGUCUCGGGCCACGUUGAACCUGUACGACACACAGUUCUAUUCGAAAACCGACGGCAGCUUGGACUUCAGCAGCACCGGAUCGUGCUUCCAGCUGGUCGGCCCGAACAGUUACAGUCCCAAAGACACGAUAACGCUGCUCGAAGACCCUACCAAUCACGAGUUGAAAAACGUUUACAAACUGUACGACGUCAAGACAAUAGAGCGGUGUUCUCCGAAACAAACCAAAGCGGCUGUUACUUGGGUUCAGCUGUCGGUGCUGGGCAUUGCGGGCUUUAUUGGAAUCGCAUCGAUUUUGGCCAGUUGUAUUCUAUACUGUUCUUAUAAAAGGUGGAAACGACUAAGGUGAACAUCGGUGAAAAAGAAACUCAACAACGUGAGUUGCCAUCUAAUAGUGCUGUGAUCUAAUUAUUCAAAAAUCAAAAUUAUUUAUAGCUUUAACUUAAAAAAUAAAUGUAAAUAGUUACUAUUAUAUCUACACAAAUAAAUUACUAGUUUUUGUGAAUGUAA